CACAUCUUAGAUGUCACUGAGUGUUGAUUAUAUCUGGAUUUUUUUCAUGUUCUAAUUCCAAGCAAAUCAAAGUGCUCAAGUUACCACAAACGAGUGUAUAUAGUGUAUUCAAAAGGUACGAAACUAUGUUAAAUGUGAAUUGAAUGUAGUGAAUUUUGCUGAUGGUAUACGAGUGCAUGGUGUCGAGGAUUAUCCACUACCUGACGAAGAGUUCUCUACCUGGAUCGAGUGAGGUAAUGACCAAUGCAAGUCCACCUAUAAGUAGUGCUGUCGAUAUCACUGAAGGACAUUCAACAUCCGUACUAACAGCAAGAAUUACGCUACGCAACGCAAUUGUUUUCAACACAACCAAAAAAAUACUAAAUCUUUCGAACAUGUGUGACUCAAAUCCAUUGGUGAAGAUUGAGUACGAUGACGAAUCAAUGGCUUCACAUUCAUCGGAAAACUCUGAUCGGUCAACUCCAUCCGCCGGCAGCAGUUCUAGUGGGAUGGAUGCAUCGUCAUCUCAUGAAGGGGAACAUUCUGGAGUAUUUCACGCCAAUUCACUACCGUCAAUUCCCGACAAUCUGCCGGAAUCGUAUGUGGUUGAUCCUACGCUCGUGACGGAUUGGGACACGUUUCACAUAGCUCAGGAAUAUACUGAACAAUAUGGGGAGGUAGCCCGCUUACUGAGGAAAAAAUUUGUCCAUCUACGUGAGGAAUUCAUAAGGACGAGAUUGGCUGAAUUGCCACCGAUACAGAUGGAGCCGAAUCGCAUCAAAGCAAGGGGUGCCAGAGUCUACAGCGCUGAAGAGGCAGCUAAGCGCGAGAAGAAUAACGCUUGCUCUCGGAAUUCCCGCAUCAAGCGGAAGGUGACACAACGGAUGCUUAACGUUAGAUUGGAGUAUUAUCGGUAUGCGGACGCUAUAGUGGACGAACUGCAAGAGGAUGUAGACAAAGUGAUUCAGGAUAAGGUGGAGAAUAUGUUGCAAAACAAUGUCUCCGAGGAGAAAGUGUGGAAACUCCUUCAGAUAUGCGGAUUGAAGAACGAUGAAUAAGUAUCGCAACGCCAACAGUUAUUUGUUGUAUUUUGUUUUUUCAAUAAUUUUUUUUUUCAUAAUGUAUUGUGAUAGCUGUUAUCUCUUAAUU